AUGUCAUUCAAUAACGACAAACUGGUGCACAAAUUGUCGUCGAAGGAGCUGACGGAGAAACAAUUGCAGGCGUUACAGCAUGAAGUCUCAUUCAACACAGCCGAUGCCAAACCUGUCAACAUGAUUGCUGCAGCGGAAUCAAUCCUCAGCCAGACGGGAGAAACAGACGAAACAAAGAACCUCAUUCGACAUCAAGUGUCAUCCCUUCUCAUGGCUCCUAGGCCACGCGACGUGCUUUUCAAGGUCGAGCACAAUGCACUUAAAAACGUCAGUGCCGACAACGAACUCGUUAUCGUGCCUGCGGACAAGGGACUUUCAACGGUUGUGUUAGACAGGACAGACUACAAUCAGAAAGCCAAAUGUUUAUUGGAGGAUAGUCAGUUCUAUGUCCCAUGCGAAGAUAGCCCCAUAAAAACGCUGACGCGCGAGAUUAACGCGACACUGUUGGCAAUGGAGAACUCAGGCGCAUUAUCGCCAAUCGAUCGACGUAUGGUGAGAGCACAAGAAACGGCCUAGCCCGAUUUAACGGGCUCCCAAAAGUGCACAAAGAGGGCACUGCUCUCCGGCCUAUCGUAUCACUAAAGGGCACUCCAACCUAUGGACUGGCAAAGUGGCUGUUUCGACGUCUCAAUUUUUUGACCUCCGAUUCGAACACCACAGUCAGCAAGUCAACACAAUUCUUAGAGAAACAUAAAGGAGUAAGUCUCCUGCUGGGCGAUGUCAUGGUUUCCUUUGAUGUCACGUCCCUUUUUACUUCUAUCCCGCAGGACCUGACAGUCGAGACCAUCUACCUACUCCUACGAGAGAAAUAGGACGAAACGGAGAAUCGUCUCGGACACACCCACAUCAUCCAGCUCCUGAAGUUCUGUCUCAAGAUAUACUUUACGUUCGAUGGAACGAUCUAGGAGCAGGUGAAGGGAACGCCAAUGGGUUCGCCGAUUUCGGGAUUCAUCGCCGAAGCGGUCCUAUAACGGUUGGCGUCGCUGGUUUUCCGACACCACGACCGGAAUUCUGGGCUUGGUAUGUGGAUGGCACCUUCGUCAUCAUCGAAUGGGAUCAGGUGCCGACAUUCAAAGAACAUCUCAACGCCGUCUUCCCGAACAUUCAAUUUACGAUGGAGGAGGAAGUAAACAAGCAACCGGCCUUCCUGGAUGUCCUCUUCUGCCGCAAAGUUUGUGAUGGCCUAAAAAACCAUAGUGUUCUGGAAAGUGACAAAUACGACACAAAUACUACACUUCAACCGCAACCACCCGAUCAGUCACAGACGCAGUUGCGUAGGGGCGCUAUGUUGGCACGCUGA